AUGGCUGCCUUCAAAGUUCUAAGACUUUUGGCUAUUCUUGUUGUAAUGUUCACGGCCUUGGUUAUUUGUGCUCCAACUCUUGAUUUGCAUGAAAGACACAAAGUUCGUGCAACGCCUGUUAUGAAUGUUCCAGCUCCAGGUCCUGGUCCACGGGCGAUUAAAUCUACGCAGAAUGUCAGUUGGUGGUGUAAUGCGUGUAGUUCAUCAGACACGGUAACUAUUCAAAUUAUCAAGAAAGGUGUCAGCUCCCCUGUGUUUACCACAACGGGUCAAAAUGCCAAUAGCGGUUCGAAAGACUUUUUCGUUGAUCCAGCGUGGGCCUCUGAUGGUGAUGCAUUCACUGUUAAAGUAACCGACGACAAAAAUCAUGCUUCUGGAACUAGUUCGCAAUUUACAGUUUUUAAGACUAAAGAAUAA